AUCUUCGAAACGCUGUAGCAGAAAGCUUCUCUCCGAGAGGCAGGGCUGUUCCUCGCAUGGUCAUUCGGUAACUUCCAUAUAACUCAGUCGCUUCGAGUCUUAUAAAGCGUCACGCUGCCAUACAGGUCAGUACAUUUUGAUGAGUGAAGAGGGAAAGUCCCCUUCUGCCUUUUCCCAGCAUAUUGUUUAAUACACUAACUGCGCCGCACUGAGGGCGACGCCGCAUACGGAGCUCGGACUACAUAUCCCAGGGUGCAACAGCAGCCAGCGACUUUACGGCAUUUGACAGCCAGCCUGGCUGCGGGCGCAGGCGGACUGACCGGCGGCGCUUUGGUUCCUGCGGGCGGCGUUAACUGCGCGUCGCGACGGGAAGCUGAGCGCUCCGAAACCCGGAGGGAGUAUUGAGCCGUCCCGGCUGCUGAACUUCAGACGCCUGUGCUUGAAAUGGGAAACGGGAUUAAUAAGGUGCUGCCUGACCUGUACCUGGGAAAUUUUAAAGAUGCCCGGGAUAAGGAACAGCUGGCAAAGUACAAUAUCACACAUAUUCUGUCCAUCCACGACAGCGCCGCCCCGCUGCUGCAGAUCUGUUAAGACUGGCGUUGAGGACCCGAACGCAGGCGAUGCAUCGCCGAGACAGUCCCUGCUUGAGAUGACCUACCUAUGCAUUCCUGCCUCAGACCUACCAAGCCAAGAUCUGACACAGCAUUUUAAGGAUAGCAUCGCAUUCAUUCAUGAGUCCCGCCUGAAGAGAGAGGGAUGUCUAGUCCACUGCCUGGCAGGCGUGUCCCGCAGUGUCACCCUGGUGGUGGCCUACAUCAUGACCGUCACCGGGCUGGGAUGGCAGGACACCCUCAGCGCCGUGCGGGUCGCUCGCCCCUGCGCCGGCCCCAACGCCGGCUUCCUGCGGCAGCUGGAGGAUUUCGAGAGCAGCCAGCUGGCCGACUACAGGGCGUGGCUAAAGGGGAAGUACAAGGAGAGCCCGUUUAACGACAUGGAGGAGGUCCAGAUCCUGCUGUCCGAGAAACUCAAGGCCAACGGAGCCGAUGUGGCCCAGCCAGGGCUCCGCACCACCUGACGGGGGGGGUGGGGGCUCACGCCUGGCAGAGAGCCGGCCCACCUGACGUUCACUGUGUUUGGGGCGGCCGCUCUGUUACCCGCUUUCUAUCUGUGUCUGAUUGGUGCCUGUCAGUCUUGGGGUGCAGUCUGAAGGUUUGCACGAGGGAGGUGGACAUUUCUGUGUGCAAUAGAGUCAGUGUUGUGUUCCUUUAUUCAGAAACUCUCCAAGUCUAUGUAAAUAUGCAAAGUGUGUAUAAGUUUUGUUUUUUUAACAAUCUAAAUGAAUAAACACCUUUGUAUUGUUGUAUAUGUAAAAUUUUGGUAAUUUCUAUUAAGGAAUUUCAUUUUGUAAUGCAAAAGAAGUUUGUUUUUUUUCCCAAAAUUUUCAAAAGGGCAGUUAAGUUUCAAAUAAUAAAGUUUAAGCUGUCUACUUAAAACUUUUUAGAAUGUUCUAGAGCGUUUUGUUGUUUGAAAGCAGGAAGAGACUAAACAUUUCUAAACGGAAAAUAAAAUACAUGUGUAUAUUAA